AGAGCCUUAGGGAUAUGAAUGGAUUUUUUCCAACUAAAUUACAAUGUAUGUGUAUAUGAUCCUGUUUUCAGAAAGACUGUAAGAGCAAACAGAGAAAACUCCAAGAAUUAGCAGAUAUGUGGAUCUGUCACUACUGGGCAAAUCAGGCCCUCCGUGUUUUUUUUCUUCAUAAUAUUACUAUGAAAUGCUGACCUUAGCUUGCAAUGCUAUUUCUGGAUGCACUGAAGAUGCAAACAUUACAAAAUGGUUUAACUCUUAUUCCCACCACAAUCUGGGAAACUUGAAAAUUAUAUUUCUGUCAUAAGAUUAGGGACCUUUUAAAGGAAAAUUCUGCAUAUGUGCAUUUAUAAAUGUUCAAGUCUUUGGUUUCUUGAAGGGAGUUAUUAUACUAAUUUGCCCUAAUAGUUUAGAUUUCUAGGGUAGAUUUGCCCUUAGCAGUUCUUGUGAAAAUGGGAUAUAUUACUGCGCUAUGACUUCUAUAAUUCAGAAAGUAUGCCUGCAAUAUUUAAUAUAUAAUUGAAAAAGAUGUUUUCUAAUGUUUUUGUGCAAGCAUGAGUAGUUAUUUGUCAUUCUUGCAAAACAUAUAUGCUCACUCCCUUCUUUUUCCAGUCAGGGACUAAAUUUCCAGUUCACCAUCAAGGCUCACACAGGGCUUGCUUUGUUUGUAAACAUUAAGAAUUAUCAGAUGGGGGAAUCUUCAUCCACCCAUUGUGCAGCUGCCAGCUUUUUGUAGGUUUAUAAAUAUUUUUGAAGCAAGCCUGGAGUUUUCAGAUGUGAAUAAAAUUUACAUGAUUAGUAACCUCAUGUGAUGUAUCUGUUACUGAUUAUGGGUGGGGAAUCAGAUGCUUGACCUUUCUUCCUGACAUACUAGUUUUGUAUAUGCUUUUUUGUUUUGGCAGAACAUAAAAAUAUGUAUUUCCAUUUCCCAUCAGUUACAAUCUGAAAUGGCGCAAUAAAAAAAUACAUGCGUUAUAUGAGGGUGCGUAUCACUGUUUAUUUUGACUGUGGAAAAAUACUUUGGGUAAUGGCAAUACUGUAUCUUUUCAAUUUGGUUUUAGAAAAAAGGCAGAUCUUAUAAUUCUGACAGAGUAAGAUUCUCAGUCAUCUGAGGAAUUUUGGCAUAGUUGCCAAGCAGCAUGAUUGCAUAGCUGUGAAGGAAGACAAGCUCAUUGUUCAACCUAUGUGAAUGUGUAAAGCUGCAUUAUAAUGAAUCAUGGCCAUCUAAGCAUUGGAGCACAUCUAGCUCUGAUCUGAAUAAAAUGGACUGUCCAAAGUCAUUCUCAGGAUCUAUUUUCAGCCGUAGCACUUCUAGAGGUUUUCAUCAGACCUUCUACAGUUAACGCACAUAACUGAAAAUGUGUUCAGCACUGGAAAGAAACAAAAAAUUAAAAUAAAUACAGUCAAAUAGUUGCUAAAUUUUAAAACUAAGACAGCAGGUUUAAAAAGUAGAAUGCAUGGUAUCUGCUACAAUGGCUUCCACUAUCAGAAUGGGAAAAGGCUAUUUCUUUCAGCCUGUCAUACAUCAACAACAGUGCUCUGGAGCAGAUUUUGAAUGUGCAAGGAGAACCUGGGCGAGAAAAGAAGAAUACAUCCUGCUGUUUCCAUUCAUAUGAAAAUGAUUCUGCCCUAAUUCCUGGACACUGGGGAUGCUUUCAGGUUAUCAAGACAUGGUUCCAUUGAAAUCUUCCUCUUUCUUUUUCUGAUGUGUCAAAAUGUAGUAAAACAACAUAGUUAUUAAUUGUGGUUUUUUAAAAAAACUGAUUAAACUCUAUAGGGGAACUUUAACUGUGGUAGCCUUUUCAAAUUUCUUUUUGUGAAAGAUAAUACUUAGAUAAGUAGUUAUGUAUGUCUGUAAUAACAAAAAGAAAACAUUUUGAACACUAGCUUUUGUGGUUUAUAAUUGGCAGUUUAUAAAACUGAAAGUACUAAAGCUGAAUUUCUUUCAACAGCAAUGAGAUCUUUGCUUCUUGGCAAACGUACAAAGGCUUGAUAAAACUGUGUGCUUAUUAUGUAUGGAUCUAUACUUUCCAGUGUGUCAGGUAAUCAAGGCAUGGGAUAUUGGGGUUGCCACCAUGAAAAGAGGAGAGAUCUGCCACUUGCUAUGUAAGCCAGAAUAUGCAUAUGGUUCUGCUGGUAGUGUCCCAAAGAUCCCCUCAAAUGCAACCCUCUUUUUUGAAAUUGAACUGCUUGAUUUCAAAGGGGAGGAUUUAUUUGAUAAUGGAGGCAUCAUUCGUAGAAUCAAGCAGAAAGGAGAAGGAUAUUCCAACCCCAAUGAAGGAGCAGCUGUACAGAUCCAUUUGAAAGGAUUUUGUGAUGGCAAACUGUUUGAUUGUAGAGAUGUAGCAUUCACUGUUGGAGAAGGGGAAGACCAUGACAUUCCCAUUGGAAUUGACAAAGCUCUGGAGAAGAUGCAAAGGGGAGAACACUGUAUCUUGCAUAUAGGAACACAAUAUGGGUUUGGUGAAGCUGGAAAGCCUAUAUUUGGCAUAGAACCAAAUGCUGAACUUGUGUAUGAAGUCACAUUGAAAAGCUUUGAAAAGGCCAAAGAAUCCUGGGAGAUGGACACCAAAGAGAAACUUGAACAGGCUGCCAUUGUCAAAGAAAAAGGGACUGUGUAUUUUAAGGAAGGCAAGUACUUACAGGCAGUAAUUCAGUAUGGAAAGAUUGUAUCCUGGUUAGAAAUGGAAUAUGGCUUAUCAGAAAGGGAAUCUAAAGCUUCAGAAUCUUUAUUGUUGGCAGCCUUCCUCAACCUUGCUAUGUGCUACUUAAAGCUACGGGAAUACACUAAAGCAAUUGAGUACUGCAAUAAGGCAUUAGCACUGGACCAAGCCAAUGAAAAGGGCUUGUACCGAAGAGGAGAGGCAAGACUGCUCAUGAAUGAAUUUGAGUUGGCAAAAUGUGACUUUCAGAGAGUGCUAGAAGUGAAUCCACAGAACAAGGCAGCCAAGUCACAAAUUACCAUGUGUCAGAAGAAGACAAAGGAGCACAAUGAGCGGGACCGAAAGAUAUAUGCCAACAUGUUCAAGAAAUUUGCGGAGAGAGAUGCAAAGGAGGAGGCCAGUAAAACUACAGAAGAGAAGGAGGAAAAGCCAUCUUCUGAAAUUGAGAUUAAGAAGACAGUGACUGAAGGCAGUGAAUCAGAGGGCCAUGUAUGAUUGUGCAGCAGAAGGACAAUCCUGAAUUUAGCCUGCACCCAGACAGGUUUCUGAAGAACUCAGAAAUUCAACAGUGUUUAUUGUAAAGUUUGUUUCAGUAGGCAUUAUUGUGGAAGCAAAAAGCCUAUCCAGCAGCUUCACAAGAAAUGAUAAAAUUACUGCCACUGCUAUGACCAUGCUCAGCAGUGCAACAUAAACCAAGGACAGCAUGGGACCACUUCAAGUGGAACAAAUGGUUCAGUAACAAAUACCCACAAUGGUUCUUGAUUAUAGAUGGCUCAGAGCUCCUUUCAGUUUGCAUCGACUCUUCAGACAGUGACCAGGAUGGGGCUUUAUGGUUAGAGCACACAGGAGCUGUCAACCGUAUAGAUUUGGCAUUGCAUUUGGUUGUAUUUAUAAUAGUGUGGUAACACCACAUGGGUGUAUUCUGUAGGUCAGAAAGAAAGACCCAAGUGCUACCAACUCAAGGUACCACUCUUGCGUUAGUACAGUCAAGUGGAAAACAGUUUUAAAAGCCAGACUCCUGGGAUCUUAUUCUCUCUGUCUUGUAGUUCCAAUGGGUUUCUGUAGCACAAUAGUUUCUCAGGGAACUGAGUAGUCCAAAUCACAUUAUUAUUGUUGUUCUUGUUCUUGUUGUUAUUAAAUGAUUGCUUGCUGGCAAGGUCCCUGAUCCAUUGAGGACUGAGUACAGCAGAAAUGCCAGCUUCUGGGUGUGAGCAUUUCCCACCUCCCACUCCCCACUGGGCUAUAAAAUGAUCAGCACCAAACGGUGCUGAUUAGCUGCUGCAGAAGGAGGGGAAGAAAUCUGGACUGAACCAGGCAGUUUUUCUUCCCUCUCCAGUAUCAGUUGGGCGCGGACAUAGGGAUGCUCAAGGACAGUAGGCUUUUUCCUUUUUAUGCAUUUUUCUUGCUGUAUGGGACAAAUGUAUGCAGUAAUCAACUUGAAUUAUGUGUUGAGACCUUUUGAAUGCAUUGCUCAAGUUUAUAACAUGAUAGCAAUCAGGAUAUUAAAAAAGAAAGAAAAAUAUUUCCUUUCAGGAAAUUAUUAUGAUUAGUCUUAUCAGUAAUAUAGUGACAUGUUUUGCAACAUUAAAAACACUUUUAGAAACUAAAUUUGUAAUUUGCUUUUAAGGUUUUUUUGCUCAUUCUGGGAUUCUUACUUUAAACUCUUGUUUGGAUCCUCCUGAAGCUGUCAGCUUGUUUUUGAAUGCUUUGUAAAGCAAAGUGGGUCCACUCUGAAUGCUAUAAAUGACAGGACUGUGUAGUGUUUCAGAUAUGAAGGUGAGAAAGUUGCUUCAGAGUGCAUGGAAAUGCAAACAGCACCUAUCUGCAACUCCUUAAAGCAAACACAUCUUUUCCCAGAAUCAUACAGCAAGCAGCCAGGAGAUCCUGAGAAAAGGUGCGGCUGCUUCUGGAAAAUGCCUUUGAAUCUGAAGUGCCAAACCAUUUUUGCCUUCAAAUCCAAAACACCACUCAGCCCUAAUAAAUAUUUCUUACAUAUGUUUUCAAGAUAAAAUUUUUGCUGCAGAUGGCUCAUAUCAAUCUGCAUUAUAUCUCAAAAUUCAUCAAUAGCACUGAAAUGCAUUUAUGUGCUCAUUCCUAGGGAAAGAUAAUUCUACUUAAGCCCCAUUGAAAUGGCAACAUGUUUGCCUCAUUGCUUUCAGUGGAGCUUGUGAACUAAUUUUCUCUGGGUGUGGGCCAACAUGUUUACUGAUCUGUGAUGGAACAUUACAUUUCAUGGUGCGUAGAGCUGUACCUCCAUUACAGAAUAUGUAGGGCAUUUUGCUUUCCUGUAUGUCAGAUGGGCAACACUGCUAUAUUUUAAAAUUUGUUUAGUAUUUUUUAUGUUAAUUUCACUGAGAAUUUAACAAAUGCUUAACUUUUUGUCCUGGUGGUUUUCUUCUCUGAUAAAAUGCGGUUUUAUGGUUUUUUUCUCUUCCUUUCUGUUCUUAUUGAAAUCAUUGUUCUCUCUUUCUCUCUCUCUCUCUCUCUUUUCCACUAACUGUUGUUCCACUGUUUAAUUGUACAUGAACAUAAUCAGAGAAGAGCUAAAACCUCACUGGCAUUAUUUUUAAACUUUAAGUGGAACAUGGCUUUCUUUGUCCUAAUAACAUGGGGAUAUACCCAGUCUUUGAAUAGGAAAGCAGCAUCUGUAGGUACUAGGCAGAUAUUCUGAUGGUAAUAUCUGAAAUUUGAAUGAUAGAUUCUUGCUGGUUAUUCUGUUCACUUUAACAGAAACUAAAUUUUAUUCACCAUGGUUAAUCCUAGCUUUUGAAUUAUUCUAUACCUCUCUACAUAUACCCAAAUUUCUGUAUAGGAUGCUAAGAGAUGAAGUAAUAAUAUUGCUGUCUAGAAUACACUGACCAGCAGUUUUGAACACAUGUCCAGAUGUUCAUUUUGUUACAUAGCCAAUUGUAUUAUGUUUCUAUACCAAAUCAUAGCCUUCAAAAUUACUUUCAUGAGCCAUAUUGACACAGUAGGGAGCAAGUCUUUCAGAUUUAGAGUGCAAGUCAUGACUCUCAUUUUUGCUUUCUGUGUUCAUGAACUGCAUGAAUUAUUGAAAGUCUUAAUAUAAUAAACAUCCACAAUAAACAAGAAAGAGGAUACAGAUCAGUUUUGGAUGUAGAUUAUCCAACAAUAGCAAAGAAGAAUGAAUUUUUUAUAUUGCAAUAUUUCACCACUGCUACAGAACUUAGUACAAGCAGUAAUGUUUCCUGUUGUCUGGUAUUUUAUCGUUUUUUUCAAGCAGGAACAUGACCAAACGGAAUGUCACUCUUAGACUAUAGAUGGAUUUGUCAGUCUUGUUUGAACUGUGAAUUUUGAGGGUACUCAGCUUGAUCUUCCAGAUGAUGAUGAUUUAUGAUGCUAAUUAUGGUUUCAGUUUCACCAUGAUUGUUUUAGCUGCAAGAAAGAUUUUCUGUUUGAAAUAGAUAAAAUUUUAAUGGGUGAAGGGCUCUCCCAGCUAGGGAGGAUCGAUUGCCCUUUAAAUAUUAUGUGGUAUCCAAAAUGUGUUCCAGUUCUUUUAGAAAAGUUAUUUUCUGCUGUCCUAAAAUCUGUGACUGAAACAAAGCAGUUGUUUUAGCCUUUCCACCUGUAUCAGUUCCUAUAUUUUUAUGCUAUCUGUCAUAAUUUUAGCAUGUGAUCCCUGGCUUCAACUAAAUCUUCCCUUUCUCUCAUAUCUGUACCAUUACUCUCAUUUCUCAUCAAAUUGUCACUAAACUCAGAACUUUGCUGAGGGUAUCUGUGUAGUGUGAUGUGGCUUGGAAAUGUGUACCUCUACAGGUGGAUGUUUAACAGUUUCCUGUUGUGCAUCCUGUAGAUUCUUAGCUUAUUUUUAGUUAUAUGGCUGUGGAACAUCAAGAUAACUACAUCUACUUGAAUAAUGUGGCUUUUAUUUUGUUACUCAGCUCAGCCAUUUGAUGCUUGAUUCCUUGCUCUAAAUUAAGUUAGCUUAAAAAUUCAGUUUUAAUUGUUUCAUGUAUCUGGAUUAUACUUUGUUAAGAAUACUAUAGAAAGAGGAAAGUGAAGUAAUCCAGUUCAUCCAUCAGUAAGAUUUCUAUGUGAUUUUUCUCCUAAUCUAUCUUUUUUAAAAAACAGAAGAUCAGAUAUUUUCCUCUUGUAACUCGCUAAAUGAUUGCUACUGAUAGGAGUCAAUUAUCCUUUGCUACCCAGCUUAUACAUAGUUGCUAGUAAACUACUCAAAAGCUACCUUUGCAAAAGCUUCCUUUGUUGGGGUCUCCUGUUAAAUAGAGAGAAAUAUAAUCAGUAGCGGUACAGUGGACAACUUCCUGAACUGUUUUCUUAAAUAUAUCGACCUUUUUUGCAAAAAUGAUAAUCGUUUUGUAUGACUUUUAAAUUGCCCCUGGAUUGGACAUACUUUUUUUUUUGUU